AUGUGUGAUCAUGGGGCCCUUGAAGUCCAAAGCACGCCAUCAAAAGAGGUCAUCAACAACACAUCCAAGCAGAAUGUGGUGGAGAAAAGAAGCCAGUGGGCAAGCAAGACCGAAUUUGUCCUGGCCGUGGCAGGCCAGAUCAUUGGACUAGGAAAUGUGUGGAGAUUUCCAUAUCUUUGUUACAGAAAUGGUGGAGGUGCCUUCCUUAUCCCCUACAUCAUUUUUUUGUUGACUUGUGGAAUUCCACUGUUUCUUCUGGAAACAGCACUGGGACAGUACACAGCUCAGGGUGGCAUCACUUGCUGGAGAAGAAUCUGCCCGCUGUUUGAAGGUAUCGGUUAUGCUGGCCAGUUGAUUGUCUUCUACUCUUCUAUCUAUUACAUUGUUAUUUUGGCUUGGGCACUUUUCUACCUUUUGUAUUCAUUCCGUGCGGAACUCCCUUGGAACACCUGCAAUAACACUUGGAACACUGGUAAGUGGCACAUUAAAGGGAUUGUAUGUAUGUGCUGUGAUGCUGGCAUCCAGAUGAAGAUGGGGACAAGAGAUGUAACAGGAAGAAGGAAGGCACUCACAAUAUCAAGGGGAAUCGAUGAAGUUGGUUCUUUGCAGUGGGAGCUCACCCUUUGCCUCUUUCUUGUCUGGGUUAUCUGCUACUUCUGUGUCUGGAAAGGAAUUAAGACAACAGGGAAGGUGGUCUACUUCACUGCCACAUUCCCCUAUGUCAUGAUUGUUAUUCUGCUGGUGCGGGGUCUCACCUUACCAGGUGCUGCCAAUGGAAUCAUUUUCUACCUCUACCCAGACGUCAGCCGCCUUGCAGACCCUCAGGUGUGGAUGGACGCUGGUACACAGAUUUUCUUUUCAUUUGUGGUGUGUCUUGGGUGCUUGACUGCUCUGGGCAGUUACAACCCAUAUAAUAAUAACUGCUACAAGGACUGCAUUUAUCUCUGCCUGCUGAACAGCGGUACUAGCUUUGUAUCUGGAUUUGCCAUCUUCUCUGUGCUAGGCUUCAUGGCUGAAGAGCAAGGACUUCCCAUUUCUAUGGUAGCUCAUUCAGGUCCUGGUCUGGCAUUUAUUGCAUAUCCUCGGGCAGUAGCCAUGAUGCCUUUACCUCAGCUUUGGGCAGUUUGUUUCUUCCUCAUGCUCAUCAUCUUGGGAUUGGACAGCCAGUUUGUUGGCUUGGAGAGCUUGAUGACUUCCAUCACGGACCUAUACCCUUUAAUACUACGCCGGCCAGGUCACAGAGAACGUCUGUUGCUCCUUGUGUGUGUUGUAUCUUUCCUACUUGGGCUACUCAUGGUCACUGAGGGUGGCCUUUACCUCUUUCAGCUAUUUGAUUAUUAUGCCUGCAGUGGAAUUUGUAUCCUCUUUCUUGCUAUUUUUGAGAUUGUGUGCAUUGCCUGGGUUUAUGGUGCUGAACGUUUCUAUUCCAACAUGGAAGAUAUGAUAGGCUACCGACCCUGGCCACUGAUUAAAUACUGCUGGUUGUUUUUCACACCAGCAGUCUGUUUGGGAACUUUCAUCUUCUCUGUGAUCAAGUACACCCCAUUAAGGAUGAACAACACAUAUGAGUAUCCAUUUUGGGGAUAUGCUCUUGGAUGGUUUCUUGCCUUGUCUUCUAUUGUUUUGGUCCCACUGGUCAUGAUCAUUAAAGUAGUCCGGGAAGAAGGGACAAUUCUUGAGGUAAAACAUUCAUCUUAAUAAAAAGACAAACGUCUGUGUAUGUGUUUGUGUAUCUGCGUGUCCAUCCGGCUACUGUGUCUCUGCUAUAUGCUAUUUGGUAUGGGUUUGUAAAAGCAGUGUUAAUGUUUGUGAUGCACCGUGUAAUGGAACAAAAAAUGCAAUGAAUUUUAUUACUAAUAAAACUGUUGCUGAAUACACUGAAGUAUUGAUUUUUUAAAUUAAGUGGGGAGCUAGCUAUC